UCCUUUCCCUGUGAAGAGUGAAGAUGAUGAAGAGAAACCUAUGUUAUCACAGCUUCAUCAAAGAGAACCUGAAGAGAUAAAAACGGAAGCUGGUGGAGAGGACUGUGGAGGACCAGAACCAGCCAUGAAAUCAGAUCCAGAUACACAUUUACAACCAGAUACUGGAGACUCUUCUGAACCUGAGACUGAUUGGAAGGAGACCAGAGAACCUCAGUCAGGUUUAAACUCUCUGAAUAAUGAUAGAUUCCCUGUUAGUGAUUCAACAUGUACCACUGAUGAGAAAGCAUUUAGCUGCUCUGAGUGUGGGAAAAGAUUUGUCUGGAAGACAAGUCUGAAGAGACACAUGAGAUCGCAUACAGGAGAGAAACCAUUUAGCUGCUCUGUCUGUCAGAAUACGUUUACAGCGAGUGGAAGUUUAAAGGCACACAUCAGAAUCCACACGGGAGAGAAACCAUUUAGCUGCUCAGUCUGUAAGAAAGCUUUUACAGUGAGAGGACAUUUAGAGAGACACAUGAUAAUUCACACAGGAGAGAAACCAUUUAGCUGCUCAAUCUGUAAGAAAGCUUUUACAGUGAAUGAAAGUUUGAAGAGACACAUGAGAUAUCAUACAGGAGAGAAACCAUUUAGCUGCUCCGUCUGUAAGAAAGCUUUUACAGAGAGAGGGAAUUUAAAGAAACGCAUGAGAAUUCACACAGGAGAGAAACCAUUUCGCUGCUCAGUUUGUAAGAAAGCUUUUACAGAGAGAGGACAUUUAGUGACACACAUGAGAAUCCACACAGGAGAGAAACCAUUUAGUUGCUCAGUCUGUAAGAAAGCUUUUACUGAGAGAGGACAUUUAAAGGCACACAUGAGAGUCCACACUGGAGAGAGACCAUUUAGCUGCUCAGUCUGUAAGAAAGCUUUUAUACAGAAAGGACAUUUACAGAAACACAUGAGAAUCCACACUGGAGAGAAACCAUUUAGCUGCCCAAUCUGUAAGAAAGCUUUUACAAUGAAUGGACAUUUACGGCAACACACGAGAAUCCACACUGGAGAGAAACCAUUUAGCUGCUCGGUCUGUAAGAAAGCUUAUACAGUGAGUAGAAACUUACAGAUGCACAUGAGAAUCCACAAAGGAGAGAAACCAUUUAGCUGCUCCAUCUGUAAGAAAGAUUUUGUACAGAGUGGAAACUUACAGGCACACAUGAGAAUCCACACAGGAGAGAAACCAUGUAUCUGCUCCAUCUGUAAGAAAGCUUUUAGAGCGAGUGGAAGUUUAAAGAUACACAUGAGAAGCCACACGGGGGAGAAACCGUUUAGCUGCUCAGUUUGUAAGAAUGUUUUUACAUUGAGUGGAAGUUUAAAGCGACACAUGAGAAUCCACAAAGGAGACAAAUCAUUUAGCUGCUCAGUCUGUAGGUUGGCUUUUACAGAGCGUGGACAAUUACAGAACCACAUGAGGACCCAACACGUGAGUGUUACAAGCUCCCCCCUUGUUUUGCUUCUCCCUGUCUGCUCUGCUCAGGUGAUCCUGAUUUGAUCAAUAGCAGGGAUUAAAGUUCUUAGUGGCUACAACGGAUGUAUCACUUCUUUUUUUUUUUUUUAAAGGCAACUACAAUUGUUAGGAUUAUAGUGACACAACCAAGACAGCUGAUAAGGUAGGCCAAUCUGUUGAACUUUUUGGGGUAUGAUCGAUUGUGAGUGCGGGGUGCGCGACACAUGGAUGCAGCUAGGCUGUCAAUAAUAACGGCGUAACGUGGUGUUUUAUCUUAAAUCCGUGGACAUAGACAAAGCUCUGGCCCUAAACAUCCAAGCUCGGGCGCAAAUCAAUCAGUUGUCAGCAAAGAAAAGCAAACGUCUCAUACUGUGCUACUAACGAGCUAACGUUAGAAGGGGCAAGUGUCUGAGGGUCUGGCCAGAGAUGCCGACCAGCUGGCGGACGAGGCUGACAGCCAUGUGGCUGAAGUUGGCACAACAAGCGGAUGGGCGUGCGAGUCAGUCUAGCACUAAUGAAACUGGGGUGCUGGAAGACCCGCCUGCCGGUUCCUGAUCAGCUAGCAACGGAGAGAGAGGGUUGUGAAUAUGACGAUGACGGUGUCGGCGGUGCUCCACCUUUGGUAGGGUAUGUUUGAAACGCAGCCAACAUGCUAACACACAUUUGACGGUAUCACCCGGAUGUGCUAAUCACCAAAAGGGGUGCUAUCUGUAUAGGUAGAUGUGAACAGCCCAUGACUUGGCCUGAAAAAAAAGUUCCCCCAAAAGAUUUUGAUUUGAUUUGUUAGACAGUAACAGAAAUAAAUGCAUAUCAAGAUGCCAUCACAGAGACAUUGCACAUUUAACAGAACUGUCGAGGAUAACACAAGAAAGUUACAAACUUAUUUCCAUUGUGGUCCUCGUAACGAUUGUUUUUCACUUAAAUCCCUGUGUUGGUGGUUGGCUCCGCCCCCUGUAUUUAAGGAAGGCUGGAGGACUCUUUCAGACUGCAGCAGCUGUGCACCAGUGUGUAUGUUUUUUUGGGGUGAUUGAGGUCUGAGGGGUACGGCAAAAAAACCAAGAUGGUAUUUGGAACUAAAUUCAUGAUAUUUGGAUAUUGUACUAUAAAUACAGACGUAUAAGUAGUAAUUGAUAACAAAAUAAUUGAAAGAGUCUAUGAAAUGUUGCAGAUCUCAUCUGAACAGUCAAAAACUCUCGACCGAGUUUAAAACUUUUACAGCCAACUUAUUAAAAUGUCUGGUUUUAAUCGGGCGUGAGUCUUUUUUUUAAUUUUUUUUUUAAAUGUUUUACUACACUUCCUUACAUAAUGUACAUGGUUUUAAACACCUAAUAGUCUUCAGAUAUACACAGUACUGUGCAAAUGU